GGGACAGGACGGCGGCUGUAGUCCGGUAUGAGGGAACCCCGCCUGCUUCACCGCCAUGAAGAGCCCGGGAACCAGUGAUACGGAAACCGACAAGACCGCGCUGCAGAGGCGGCCAGACAACCGUGAUCAAGUCCAGCUGAAAGUGCCUCUCAUCCAGCAGUCUUACCACUGGGAUUGUGGCCUGGCAUGUGCCCGCAUGGUAUUGCAGUACCUCAAUCACCUGAAUGAAGAUGAGUUCCAGAAGGCAAUGCGGGAGCUGCGGCUCACCAAAAGUAUUUGGACCAUUGACCUGGCUUACCUGAUGCACCACUUUGGCGUACAGCACCAGUUCUGCACACAGACCUUGGGUGUAGACAAGGGAUACAAGAACCAGUCUUUCUACAGGAAACGUUUUGAUGCAGAGGAGAACAGGGUAAACCAGCUAUUUGCCCAAGCCAAAGCUCACGGUGUCAAUGUAGAAAAAAGAAGUGUAGCAAUACAAGAACUACAGGAUCAUCUUUCCCAGGGGCACGUGGCCAUCGUACUGGUAAAUGCGGUUCUGCUCCUGUGUGACCUCUGUCCUAGCCGUGUGAAAUACUGCUGUUUUCUUCCUAUUGGUCAAAAGUGCUUCUGCAAAAGCAGCGAAUAUCAGGGCCAUUUUAUUGUGCUUUGUGGCUAUAACAAAUCAUCUGGAAGCCUUUUCUAUAAUAAUCCUGGAUAUGCAGAUAGGUUGUGUCGGACAAGCAUCACCAACUUUGAAGAAGCCCGUAGUAGUUAUGGUACAGAUGAGGAUAUCCUCUUUAUCUAUGUGGACAGCUGACCUCAGAAUGGAACUGGUGAAGAAGCAGAUAUUCCUUGUGUGGAGACCAAUUUCGGCAGUCCAUGCACUAUAGAGACAUUUCUAUGUAUAGAGUUUGCAGUAAAAAGAAAAAUAUGGAUGAUGGGUGCAUUCACUCGCCAUCUAGAGAGGACACUGUCCACUACCAGAAGGACCUAUACUUAGUAUAUUAGACUGUGCAGUGACUUUGGUCAUUGAGAUGUUGGCCUUAUUACAUUCAGGUGAAGGUACGUUUGGACAUGUCGACUAUAUGGUAAAAGGAAAAUGUGAACAUAUGAACAUCUCAUUUAAAAAUCAUGGUUUAUGGAGCUGGUCCCUCAUUUUGCUAUUAUGAUAGCUUCCACUGUUCUGGGAAUGCUUUCCACUAGAUUUUUGAAAAUAGGUGUGUGUAUUGGCCUCCCUUCAGCCGCAAAAGCCGUAGUGAGAUCAGGCACUGGUGUUGGACAGUAAGGUUUACUUCAGAGUAUUCAUCUCAGAUGCUUACAAUAAGGGCUCAUUCACACGACUGUAUGUAUUUUGCGGUCCGCCAAAAAUACGGAUGACGUCCGUGUGCAUUCCGUAUUUUGCGGAACAGAACAGCUGUCCCCUAAUAGAACAGUACUAUCCUUGUCCGUAAUGGGGACAAUAAUAGGACAUGUUCUAUUUUUUUGCGGAACGGAAACGGAAUGCACACAGAGUACCUUCGGUUUUUUUGCGAACCUAUUAAAAUUAAUGGUUGCGCGUAUGGUCCGCAAAAAAAAUUGAAUGGACAUGGAAAGAAAAUACGUUUGUGUGCAUGAGCCCUAAAGUAGAGGUCAGAGCUCUGUGUGGGCUUUGUGUCACGUUCUUCCACCCUACACUUGGCAAACCCUUUUGUAAAGAUCUUAUUUUCAUAUUGAAACAGAAGGACUUAACUCGGUGUGCGCUACUCAUCCUCUAAAUCCAGAUUAGUCCUCCAAACUAGCAGUUUAUGGUGAAUGUAUCUCAUCACUCCUCCUUGCCAUUGUGUGUGGUGGUCUCAUGUUUGGGUGGGGGUAACACACAGUCUAUGAAGCUUCUCGCUAACCGUUUUUGUGCUAGAGCUUCCAGACGUAGUUUGGGAAUCGGUGGUGUUGCAGAUGUUUGUCCUAUCGCUACGCUCACCUUCUGCUCCUAAACAUUUCCACUUCACAGUUGACUAGAGCAGAUCUACAUACAUGUAUCCUGCACUAUGUUUAUUCCUUGGAUAAUCCUACAACGGUUCUGACAAGGAGACCAUGGGCUCAUCUGUGGUACGGAUGUUUGGUAAAUGGUAGUGGGUCUCUUUUUUUUUUUUUUUUUUUUUAUAACUACGUCCAUCUGAGGACUAGAUUGCAUAAAUAGGAAUGAUUUGUAUAUUAGGAGAAUCGGCCGGUAAGGAACAGUAUUGAGUAAAGGACAUUUACCUUUUGUCAGCAGUGGCCAGAGGGUCAUCACUAGUGAAACAAGCUUUUAUACACCUAGGACUGCGGUUCUUGUAAUAGAUAUUUCAUUAGCCAGUUCAUUGCCCGAGUCUUCUCUGCUGGCACGGCCGGGCAUGUAUACCAUUCAUAUCACUGUCCAUUGUUCUGUGACUAGCAGUUCAUGACACCUUUGCAUACUGGAUGAACUUGCCCCUCAGUGUUUGUACCCCAGUAUGCACUGUCUUUGUUUUUAUUUAUUUGAAUUAUUCAUACUUUCAGCUGCAAAAAAAUCUCAUUUUAAAGAUUUCUGGUGUUUGUUCUUAUACGUACACAAACAUCUAUGGGAAAAUAGCUGUUUCAUUUUUGUCUGCAUAACCAGAUUGUGUUCGCUGUAUCAAUAUUUCUCACUCAAGCUGUACAACUUGUUUAGGCCCUCCACUCCUGCCCCCCCCCCCCCCAUAAAAGUGGGGGGGGGGCUUAAAGGGGUUGGCCAAUUUAGACA